AUGUUGUCAGAUUUAAUAACAUCACUUUCAGCAAAUCCAUAUUUUGGUGCUGGUGCUGGUUUAAUUGGUAUAGGUACAGCUUUAGCUGUUUUUCGUCGUACAUCUCAAUAUGGUUUAAUAUUUUUUCGUCGUCAAUUUAUGAUAACUCUUGAAGUACCAAAUAAUGAUAUAAGUUAUAGUUGGUUAUUACAAUGGAUAUCACAUCAAUUACGUGAUUCAAGUCGUCAUUUAAGUGCUCGUACAACAUUAAUAAAAAAUGAUGAUCCAUCAUCACGUAUUCAAGCAUCGUAUACAUUUGUACCAUCUGUUGGUACACAUUAUUUUCGUUAUCAAGGAAAAUUUAUUAA